AAAUCUCUCUCUCACCCCUCACGUCUCCCUCUUUCUCUCCGGCUCUCUCACUCUUUCUCAUCCUCUCACCCAAAAACUUCACCAAUCACUUGAAACCCAUGAAAUCUAACCUUCAAUCCGUCUCCUACGCGUGAUUUGAGCCUUGGAAUCGCGUGGGUUUGUGCUAGAACUCGUUCUUGGAAGAUUUCGGAGCUUUGAAAGCUAGGGCUCGUUCAUUGAUCUCGUGUUUGAAGCUUCUAACCUUGAGGUAGGUUCCCCUUUCUUGUCAGCAGUAUGCUAGUGUUUGCUUUAUAGAAAAAAUUACAUUUACUACCGUAAACUCCGCUCCCCCUCAAAAGGUUGCAUAGGCUUCCAAUCUUGAUCUCUCUAGUCUGCAAACAACAGAAAAAACAUGGCUGCGACCUUGGUUGGAGGAGCAUUCCUCGGCGGUGCAUUUAAUGUGCUGCUCGACCGUUUGAGUUCCCCGGAGCUCAUCAAGUUCUUCCGGGGUCGAAAGCUUGACGAAAGUCUCCUCAAGAAGCUAGAGUUUAUGUUACUUGAACUUAAUAAGGUGCUCAACGACGCAGAGGAGAAGCAGAUCACUGACCGAGCCGUGAAAGCUUGGCUGGACGAGCUUAAAGAUGCUGUCUACCAUGCCGAGGACCUAGUGGAUGAGAUCGGUACUGAGGCCUUGCGGAGCAAGGUGGAAGCCGAGUACCCAAGAGGCAGACAAAGUUUACAAGAUUCUCUGAUCUCGACAUUCACUGGGUUAUUCGACCGUGGUGGUAUGAAAUCCAAAUUAGAGAAAAUGAUUGGCAUGUUAGACCAUUUCGUGAAAGCUAAAGAUGUACUUGGUUUGAGAGAAGUUGCUGGACGAAACUGGUCCCAAACCAGGGUGCCAACAACUUCUUUGGUGGAUGAAUCCUGUGUUUAUGGACGGGAGAAUGACAAGGAAGCGAUAAUGAAAUUGUUGCUCUCUGAUGGAGAAAGUAGUAAUAAGAUUGAUGUGAUUCCGAUUGUUGGGAUGGGUGGGAUGGGCAAGACCACCCUUGCUCAACUUUUGUACAACGAUGGCAGAUUGGAUGGGCACUUUGUUAAGAAAGCAUGGGUAUGUGUCUCUGACGUAUUUGUUGUUGAAUUUGUCACACGAACAAUUGUCGAGGCAAUCGAUGGGUCGAGUUUGGGCGCAAGGGACCUAAACUCACUUCAGGUCAAGCUAAAGGAAUCAUUGAGUGGGAAAAAGUUUCUCAUUGUCUUAGAUGAUGUUUGGAACGAGAACUAUGACAAUUGGAACGCCUUGAUGACUCCUUUCAGAUUUGGAGCACACGGGAGUAAGAUUAUCGUUACAACGCGCAAUGAGAGUGUUGCCUCUAUCAUGCAAACAGUUCCUAUUCAUGGUUUGCAAAAAUUGCCAGAGGAAGAUUGUUGGAAAUUGUUUUCCAAACAUGCAUUUGAGAAGGGAGAUUGCAAUGCUCAUUCUAACCUUGAAAGGAUUGGUAAGGAUAUAGUGAGAAAAUGUAACGGUUUGCCUUUAGCUGUAAAAACAUUGGGUGGUCUUUUGCGCUCCCAAAGAGAUCCUAAGGAUUGGGAGAACAUACUGGAAAGUGCCAUAUGGGAGUUAUCAGAGGAGAAGAGCAAUAUCCUUCCAGCGUUAAGAUUGAGCUAUCAUUAUCUCCCCUCGCAUUUAAAAAGAUGUUUUGCUUGCUGUUCCAUAAUUUUUAAGGACUAUGUAUUCGGCAUGAAGGAAUUAGUCUCAAUUUGGAUAGCUGAAGGUUUUCUGGAGAAGCCCAAGAAUGAUAAGACAGUGGAAGAAGAAGGUUAUGAGUGCUUCCGUGAAUUGCUUUCAAGGUCAUUUUUUCAAAGAGCAAAUGGUAAUGCUUCUUCGUAUGUCAUGCAUGAUCUUGUUCAUGAUUUAGCUCAAUAUGUGAUGGGAGAUUUCUGUGAUAGGCUAGAGGAUGGCAAUCCACACAGUAUUGCUGGAAAAGUGCGUUAUUUCUCAUUUGCUCAAAGUGAAUUUGAUAGCUUUGAGAAGUUCAAGGAAAUAAAGGAGGCUAAGUGUUUAAGAACUUUCCUACCAUUAAAGCAGCGUAAACAUCAUGGCGACAGGUGUUUGAGCAAAAAGGUUGUGGAUGAGAUUUUGCCGGGAUUGACACGGUUACGGUUGAUGUCACUAUCGAAAUAUGGGAUUAAUGAAUUGCCUUAUUCAAUUGGCAAUUUGAUACAUCUACGCUUUUUGGACCUCACUCGCACCAAAAUCAGAGAGUUGCCGGAAUCAAUUUGUAAGUUGUAUAAUUUAGAAACAUUGUUGUUAUUUAAAUGUGAUCUUCUUACAACAUUACCGGCAGAUCUUGUAAAACUGAUUUCACUGCGUCAUCUUGAUUUAAGGAGAACAAACUUAAAAGAGAUGCCAAUGAAUAUAAGUAAGUUGAAAAAUCUCCAACAAUUAACUAAUUUUGUAGUAGGAAAGUGCACAAGUAUUAAUGAGUUAGGAGAGUUCCAUUGCCUUCGAGGAAAAAUCUCCAUCUCAAGAUUGCAAAAUGUAAAGAGCGGCCAUGAUGCAUUGGAAGCAAAGAUGAGUGAGAAAAAACAUCUUGAAAAGCUAGCGUUGGAAUGGGAUAGCACUACAGAGGAUUCACAGAAUGCAAGAGAUGUACUUGGAAAGCUAGAGCCUCAUACAAAUUUGAAGCACCUUGAGAUUAAGAACUAUGGAGGCACAAGAUUUCCUACGUGGUUAGGAGAUCAAUCGUUUUGCAAUAUGGUGUCGUUAUGUUUGGUGAAUUGCGAGAAUUGCUUUUUCUUGCCCCCACUUGGUCAAAUGCCCUCAUUGAAAGAGCUUAGCAUUGAAAGGAUGCGGGGAAUAACAAGCGUGGGUCGUGAAUUUUAUGGAGAGAGUGGUUCUUUAAGAAAACCGUUUCAAUCUCUUGAGACUCUACAUUUUGAGAAAAUGUCAGAGUGGGUGGAUUGGUGUAUAUUAGAUGCUGGAGAGUUCUCUCAGCUUCAAAAGCUUGAGGUUAUCGAGUGUCCCAAGCUGUUCGAACACUUACCGACAAAUUUGCCUUCUCUAGUGGUCCUUGGCAUAGAAGAUUGCCCAGAGCUUGUGUCUUCACUUCCGGAUACUACUUCUUUACGCGAGCUAUCGUUGAUCGAAUGCCAAGGGAUGCAGUUGGAGUGGCAAGGGGUGCCUUCGGUUGAAAAGCUGUACAUUUCAAGCUUCAAAAGUUUGAAGGAAUUUGGAAGCGAGCUGAUAACUCUAAAAAAUCUGAAGAAGCUAACUGUAGACAAAUGUCCAAGUCUAUUAUAUUUCCCACUAGGUUUAUUCCCGCAGCUUCAGUCUCUAGAAAUUAAGGAUUGUGUAAAUUUUGAGACCCUGUUGAUUCCAGACGGGAUUGAGCUCAAUUUGACAUCACUUUCCAUUUAUGAUUGCAAUAAUAUGUUAUCUUUUCCCUGCGGAGGAUUACCUGCUCCAAAUCUGUCUUCUUUAAGUCUCCUUUGUUGCGAGAAGCUGAAGGAUCUGCCAGAGCAAAUGCACACCCUCCUCCCAUCUCUAGGGCACUUAGUGUUACGUGAUUGUCCAGAAAUUGAGUCCUUUCCGGAAGGGGGUCUGCCUUCCAGAUUAGAUUUUCUUUAUAUCAACGAUUGCAAGAAACUUGUUGGUGGCCGAAGAGAUUGGGGUUUGCAAACACUACCCUCCCUCGGAACACUUUGUCUGUACGGUGAAUCUGAAGAUGCGUUGGAGUCGUUCCCCGAAGAGGGGCUGCUGCCCUCCACUCUUAAACAUCUCACACUCGGAUAUAUGCCGAAUCUCGAAUCACUCAACAAAAGGGGCCUUGAACAUCUUGGCUCUCUCGAAACCAUGUAUAUUAGAAAUUGCCCUCAGCUCCAAUCCUUGCCCGAAGAGGGGCUUCCCACUUCCCUCAUUCGGCUGUCUAUUUGGUACUGUCCAAUGCUGAAACCUCGUUGCCGCAUGGAAGGAGAGGUCUGGCAUAAGAUUGCUCACAUCCCUCUUAUAGAAAUCGAUGGUGAAGUAAUGGGUGAAUAAGUCUAUCCACGACACGCUGCCAGGGGAAACCAAAGCUUCCCACUCAGGUUGGUAUUCUACGUAGCACAAGCUCUUGCAGAAUCACAAGAUCUCAAUCAUGGCUGUUAUUGAUAAGAACUUUUGGUCCGGUUGCAUUGAAUGGCUUCUAAAAGCAGACGGAUGUUGGGUGGCCAAAAUUGCAUGAGAAGCGAUGGCAAAUCAUCUAGGCCAUAUUUGGAUUAUGACUUUGUGAAGGAAAGCACUCGUAUCGCUUUGGCAUUACAUGAUUGUGAUCAAACCAGUUUUCAGUGUGUGACAUGGAGGAAAUGAAGUUAGGUAUAUAAGUUCGAGCCUUCGUCAAAAAAAAACAAAAAAAAAGUCCGAGCCCUGAGGUCCUGCCACCUUUAUCUCUUUGUCUCUUCACGAAGUCAAGCAACAAUUUUCUCGGAUUUCUGCUUUUUUAUCAAUCCAAUUUUCUAUGAGCUGGAGUGCAAUUGUAAUGGGCGUACUCUCUUUUGAUUUUAAUUUUUUUUGCUGCAAUUAUGUUGUAGCCAAGUUGUAGCCCCUAUUGGCAUGUUAAUGUUCUAUACAGUUCUUACUUGCUUUAUAUAUGAGAAAAGAGGAUAACCAAAUUAGUAAUCCUAAAAAGAAA